AUUGUAUAAAAAUGUCUAUGAUAGGCUUAUUUGGAGUCUUCAUAGCAUUCAUUUUCUUCCUUAUAUUCCAAUGUUUCUUUCUUUGCAAGAAAUCUCACAAUGUGCUUUUGCUAAAGAACUGGCCUUUCCUCGGGAUGCUUCCCGGAAUGCUCUUCAAUAUCCCUCGAAUUUUUGACUGGAUUUCUGAGGUUCAUGAGGCCAACGAUCUGACAUUCACUUUCAAAGGGCCUUGGUUUAGUGGAACAGACAUGUUGUUCACUGUUGAUCCGAGGAAUAUCAAUCACAUGCUCAGCUCAAACUUUGCGAAAUCUAAAGGACCAGAAUUCAAGAAGAUCUUUGAUAUCUUGGGAGAUGGAAUCGUAACCGCUGAUAUGGAGUUAUGGGAGGAUCUGAGGAAGUCGGGUCACGCCUUAUUUCACCAUCAAAACUUCCUGAAGCUCUCAGUAAGUUGCACUACAAGUAAGUUAAAAGAUGUUCUUGUUCCAUUUCUUGAUAAAGCUGCUGAGGAAAACAUUGUCAUAGACUUACAAGAUGUGUUCCAGAGAUUCAUGUACGAUACUGCCUCCAUUUUGAUGACUGGUUAUGAUCAAAUGUCUCUAUCCACUGAAAUUCCCGGAUAUGAGUUUGGUGAAGCUGCCGACUUCUCUGAAGAAGCUAUCUUCUAUAGACAUCUCAUUGGUGUUGGAAUUGAGAGGAAGAUACGAAGUGCUUCGGAGAUUUUCAACAUUUUGUUUGGGAAGAUCAUAUCUUCAAGAAGAAAAGAAGAGAUAAGUCGCGGGAAAAAAGAGCCACGAAUUGACGCAGUAACAUAUUAUAUGAACGUGGACACGACCAAAUAUAAGCUCUUGAAGCCGGGUAAUGAUACAUUUAUAAGAGAUGUUGUUUUGAGUCUAUUGUUGGCAGGAAGGGACACCACAAGCUCAGCUCUCACUUGGUUCUUCUGGCUUCUUUCUAAGCAUCCUCAAGUUAUGACCAAGAUCCGACAAGAGAUCAACACAAACUUUGAUCCCACAGACCUAGAGAAGCUCGUGUAUCUACACGCUGCAUUGUUGGAAUCAAUGAGACUUUACCCACCGGUUCCCUUCAACCACAAGUCUCCUUCAAAGUCAGAUGUGCUUCCAAGCGGGCACAGAGUUGAAGUAGAAUCAAAGAUUGUGAUCUGUAUCUAUGCAUUGGGUAGAAUGAGAUCUGUAUGGGGAGAAGACGCAUCAGAAUUUAAACCAGAGAGAUGGAUUUCAGAGAAUGGAGGGCUCAAACGUGAACCUUCAUCAAAGUACUUGGUUUUUAAUGCUGGUCCAAGAACUUGCUUGGGUAAACAUUUAGCUCUUUUGCAGAUGAAGAUGGUAGCUAUGGAGAUCAUACAAAAGUAUGAUUUCAAGGUCGUUGAAGGUCAAAAGAUAGAACCUGUCCCCUCUAUCAUACUCCGAAAGAAACAUGGUCUUAAAGUUACAGUCACGAAGAAUAUAUGA